GGGUGGGGGGGGGGCAAAGCGAACCUCCUUUCACCCCCCCAUGCUCGUUCGUGGGGGUGGCCCGGGUCUCCUCCCCCAUAUUGCGCCCAUGUGUUCAGGCGCGUUUGUAGGCUGCCACGCACGCACUGCCAUCUAACAACGCUUUCGGCAAAACCUCUCGAGAAAUCACGUCCUUCAGCCAUAGUGUAUCUGACUUCAGCUUGAUAAAGUGCUGGUGUGUCGAAUCAGUGCCGUCUUUCCACAAAAACUGCGUUAUUCGUUGUGACUUGAGCCCUCAGGUCCUCCGAGGCCGAUGACAUAGCAAAUUAAGAUCACGAGAACGAAGCAUUCAGAUCACGUCUGUCUUUCCUCGUGUUUUUCUUCCAGCCUGUUUACUCUUCACCGGGUCACGUCCCUCGGAGGGAGGCAAUCGGACAUGGCGUCCUCCAGUGGGGCAGGCGGGCAGGCCAUGCUGAUGUUUGCUCAGCUGUUUCGGGCGGGGUCCUGUGAUUCUCUGUCCGGCUAGAUGCAUAGAUUGGACAUGAACCAAAGGCAUGCAAGGCUUCUGAAAGGUCGGUUAAAAGAUGUUCUUGGCAACUAUCAGCAGCAGCAGAGGCCACAGUCUAAAAUUGAGUCUACACUCAGUGGAUUAAGACAGUCCUUGACAGGAAAGUGGCAUGAUCUUCAGAGUACAGAACGAGUCACUGUUUUCAUGAAGAAGUAUGAAGAUAUAAUCGGCCUGACUGAUGUCAAGGCUGCCCAAGCCCGUGUUAUACAGGCACAGGAUAAGUUCAUGGAAAUGCAAGAAGCAAGACGGAAGAGACAACUGGAGUUGCAUUCACUGCAGUCAAAGUUGAGGGAGCUGCACAUCCAAAUAGACAAGACUCCUCGCACAGAUGACCGAUACCUUGCGCUCGUUACUGAGGAACACAGCAUCAUGAGGCAGGAAAGGCAGGUGGCAAAGGAAUUUGAGAUGUAUGAACAUGGAGAACGAGACUAUUUCCUUGCCCUCUCAAAUUCAGUGAGAGAUAGUCACGAAAAAGAACGUGCCCAAGCCGAAAGGACUAAGUACUGGUCCAUCAUUGGUUCUGUGACUGGUGCCAUAAUCGGGAUACUUGGCACCACCAUCAGCAACUGGCGUCGGAUGAAAGAAUUGCGUCACCUGGUUGUUGAUGCUGUCAAUGCCCCCCAUGAUCACGGCUCUUCCAUGAUGCAAGAUGUUGCAAAGAAAGUCAAUUCAAAUCAUGAGGCACUGGAAAGCAUGCAGUCUCAGCUAGAGAAUGUUUUGAAGUCUUCCUCAACCCAUGAUGAUGGGAAGAAACUAAGACUGGGAACAAGUGGAACCAGUGCAGUUGAGGAGUUGCUUGAAGUGGCUUCAAAGCAGCAAGAAGAAUUGCAAUUACUCCUUGGCAAAGUUGAAUAUGCACUUGAGAAAAACACCUUCACUGGGAGGUGUGACUCCUCUCGAACAAUGGCAGGGAAUCUUAUGUAUGAAGUGUGCAAAUAUCGACGAAAUUGCCAGUACCUCCGUAAGCUCCUACGUGAUACUAAGGAGUCUCUCAGGGAAGUGCAUGGAAGUGGAAAUUUUUCAUAUGAACAAAUGAAACAUGUGAGCCAUACAGAGGCUGGGCUAGUUCAGGUGUCAGCCAUCAUUGAACAUCCACCCCGCCUGGUUAUUCUGGGGCAGACCUCAUAUGCCAAAGCCAGUGUGGUGAAUGAGCUCUUUGGCAUGCCUCUGCUACCUCUAAUUCGGGAUUUGGAUUCAAGAGUGUCAUGGAGGAUGGUUCGCUUUGUUGGUGGGGAAGGCAUUCAAGCACAGGUCUCCUUGUCAGUGAACAACAGCUUUGAACUGGUGGAGAACCUCCAAGCAAAUGAGAAACCAUGGCGUACAAUACCACAGCGAGAUUUGGAAGUCAAUUUAUACAAUGUGGCGAGCAGUUGUGCCAAUGAGACUGAGCUGCUUCCACUUGGUCUAUUUUCAUCUCAUGAUCCCGGAGCCGUGAGUGCUGUCCUAGAGGUUCAGCUGCGACAUGGACUGUUGUUGAAUGGUGCUCAGGUUGUGGUACUACCAUGCAACCCUCCUGUGGGCUCAACAGAGACCAUCUUCCUUGCAUGCAUUGAGAGAGUGAUUCCCAUCCUUGUCUAUGCUCUCAGUGAUGAUCAUUUAUCUCAGAAGGAGAUGGAAGAAUUGGAAGAAGUGCAUCGCAUGGCACCAAACCUGCCCAUAUUCUUUAUUAAGGUUGCACCACCAUCAUCACCCACAUGGGAACUCACUGAGUCUCAGCAACAUGAAGUGAUGGAAAUGCGCCAAUCAGCCUCCACUCCCAUUCCGCAUCAUGAGAGCACUGGUUCUUUGCAGGAAUCUCCCUUCAUGGAACCCCAUGGUUCUCUCCACCUGCUGCAGCAACUUUGCAACAUAGGAUACCUGAAUGUGAUUCCAUCUGGAUCAAGACAUAACAAACGGCGCAGAAGCAGUUCCAUGUAUCAUGUAGAGAGUGAAUUGGUGGAAGAUUUCAGCCAGUUCUCGUUGCUCCUCCUCUUUGUCCGUCAGGUCCUUCACUCCCAUCUGGUCAGGGCUACUUGUAUCCUCAACAAGGUGCAUACAGCAUGCCUGCAGAUGUUCAUUUUAUGGGCCUUUGAUAUGGCACGGGAUCAGCAGAUAACUCCCAAGCGGCUCACAUUUGCAAAAGAGAAGGAGGCUGAAUUGUAUGCCUCCCUCAUGGCAGUUGCAGUUGGGAAGCAAGAAGAGAUCAAGAACAUAAUCUCAGAGACUGUUGCUGCCCAUAAAGUUGAUCUCAUCCAAAGAGCCAGCCAACAUGUCUUCAAGAGUGUGUCAGUGCCAGAAUCUGGAAUGAUCUCUUCUGCCAGCGAUCUGCGUCUGUGCACUGGGGAAAUUCGGGACUUGGUGCUAGGAGCAGUGAAUGUGGCUGUUGCCAAGGAGGUGAUGGAUUCUGUAAAUGUCAUGCGGGAAACAUUUGUUGGGACGCUCCAGCGUUGUCUUGAGAGCCUGGAACAAUCAUGCUGGGAGAAUGGAGAUGGGCCCCAUGUGAGCCAGGCACUCAAGCAGAUAGUGAAUGCAGCCUACCAGGUUGAAGUGAAUGUGCAUUCUUCAUCAUCUUUCAUCUGGAGCUUGUGGGAGAGGAUUCGGCGGUCAUUGCCUCCAUUGCCAUGGAGUCUCAAACCAAAAGUGGGCCAGGAGUGGAAGGAGCUUGUUGCUUCAGACAUCAUUGAUUCUCUGUCAGAAGCCAAGUUGGCCAAGCAGAUCUGUCUUCAGUUUAAGGAUCGCUUGAAAGCAGCACAUGAACUGUUCCUGUCCAACAUGAAUCGACUUGAGAGUGCCCACAAUGGUCGCUUGGAGAAGACAGAGGAGCAGCGAACAAGGGUUCGCAAGCUCCUUGCUCCCAAAGUGGCUCGCUACUCCCUUGAAGUUACUUCACUCAGGGACUACAUAAUCUUUGGAAUGCCACAGUUGGGGAGAGAGAUUGGGAGAGGCCAGUAUGGAGUUGUGUAUGCCUGUGAUACCUGGGCUGGUCAUUCUCCUUGUGCCAUUAAGUCUGUUGUUCCUCCAGAUGACAAGCACUGGAAUGAUUUGGCCCUCGAGUUCUAUUAUUCUCGGCAAGAACCAUCUCGAGUGGUUUAUUUUUAUGCCUUCAUUUGUGAGGAGAAUGUACCAGUAUUCAGAUGCGUUCCAGAACAUGAUCGAAUUGUAUUCUUCCGAGGCUCAGUGAUAGAUCACUCCUAUGGUGGUGGGACAUCCCCAGCUGUCCUCCUCAUCAUGGAGCGCAUGACUCGGGACUUGUACUCUGCUCUCAGAGCAGGGCUCGAGUGGCUUCCCCGGCUUCAGGUUGCCAUUGACGUUAUUCAGGCCAUCCGCUUCCUCCACUCUCAGGGACUUGUACAUCGCGAUGUCAAGCUCAAGAAUGUUCUUUUGGACGAGAAUAACAGGGCAAAGUUAACAGAUUUGGGUUUCUGCAAGCCAGAGGCAAUGAUGUCAGGAAGCAUUGUUGGGACUCCCAUCCACAUGGCUCCUGAGCUCUUCUCUGGAUACUAUGAUGCAAGUGUAGACGUGUAUGCUUUUGGAAUCUUGUUCUGGUACCUCUGUUCUGGAUCCACUCGUCUUCCAUAUGUCUUUGAUCAGUGCCACAAUAAGGAUCAGCUCUGGAGCUAUGUCCGCAAGGGUGCUCGACCAGAACGGCUGCUGCACUUUGAUUCUGAGUGCUGGGAGCUGAUGUCAGCCUGCUGGCAGAGCAGCCCAAGUAAGCGACCACUGUUGGGAGAUGUGGAGCCACAGUUGGAGCGGAUCAUGGAGCGUUUCCGCCAUGCCCCACCCCCAAACCCCUCCUCACAAUCAAGGGAGCUUGAGAGUGAGAUCACUGAGAAUGGCAUAGAAGAUUACUCCAACGAGGGGAUGGAGAGGGAGACUCACGUCAUACAGGUCUCCAACAUUGCUCCCCAAGCCACCAAGGAUCAAAUGCACACUCUGUUUUCAUUCAUUGAUAAAGUCGAGGACAUUCGACUGUAUCCCACCAUUCGUGAUGUCUCAAUGGUGAUCCCAUCGCGUAUAUGCUACCUCCGUUUCGCCAAUUGUUUGAGUGCAAAGGUGGCUCAGCAUCUCACCAACACCGUAUUUAUUGAUCGAGCCAUCAUUGUCCUUCCAGUUUUUGAAGAUGAAAUCCCAGAAGAAGUAGAUGCUCUGAAGGUGUUGAGUCAAGGUGGAGGUAUGGCUGAUCUCAUUCCAAGCUUUGAGCAGAAGCUUCCUGCUCAUGUCACCAACCAGAUAACAGGAACACCUCCUCAUCAGCAAGUGCUGACGAUUGACCAUAACCUCAUAAGUAAUGGACUUCCCCAGUAUCCACCCUUGCCAGCAACUCUGGAUGCAGCUCGUAUCGAAGAAAUCCGCAGAACUGUCCUCUUCACGGACUUGAAUCCCAAUGUGAAGCCAGACGAAAUCAUUGAACUUGCAUCCCAUGCCGGAGAAGUGAAGUACGUGCGUGUAGGUGCCCAGAGAGGAUAUCAAAGCAAAGUGGCAUUGGUUGAAUUCACAGAACAGCCCAGUGUGAUCAAGGCACUUCAGCUGAGUGGGACUGUCCUUGGAGAUCAUGCCAUCAGGUUAGUUACAACUUGAUCAGAACUCCUCAA